AUGCAACAACCUCCAUUUCUCUGGGGAGCUCCGCCGCCUAUCAUGAACUAUCCGCUUUUCAUGCCACAGCAGCAACAAUAUCCUCCUGCUCGUUACAACCAGCCUCAAUCCCCUUCAUCAGACCCUCAAGUCUCUGAUUCACCGCAACGCAUUCAAAUACCUACAAAUGAAGCCAAAGUCGCUCUCUCGCUACAGGGGAUCCUCAAGUCAUUCCUCGACGAUACUUGGCACCCCGAUCCAAUGGCUAUCGGCAUAAUCCUUCUGGCUCUUAACCUCAUCAAGGGCCUGGUACCGGAUGGUAUGAUGAAGAGGCUGAAAACUUCGUGGGAUCUGUUUUGGCCGCCUUGGCAGGACAGAAGCGCGGCGAGAGGCGAGCCUGCGAAAGGGAAGAGCAUACCUGCUAGUGCAGAGGAUGAGCGGAAGAGGCCGUCCUCGAGUGAUAGAGACACCAGGCCGCCCGCGGCGCCAGACAAAGCGAAAGACGCCAAAACAACCUCACAGUCUGCAGAGCCCGCCAAGGAAACCUCCCCUCUUGCUUCGACGGAGAAGGUUGCCCCGGCGGAUACCAGGAAAGAGUCGCCGAGUGAAAAGCCCAAAGAGAAGUCGAGGGAGAGACCGGAAGGGUCGAACAAAGAGGAGGUGAAGAAGGAGAGAUCGGAAGGUUCGACCAGAGAGAGAUCGAAAGAGAGGCCGGAAGGUUCAACGGAAGAGAGACCGGAAGUUUCGACCAAAGAGAGACCAGAAGGGUCGACCAAAGAGAGGCCUGAACAAGAGUCGAAGGAAAAGUCGAAAGCUCCCAGUGGAUCGACAGACCCGACAGCCUCGAAUAAGAGCGGGGACAAGCCAAAGAACGAGGUCAAAAAGGCUUCUGCUGAACCCGCCAAAAAGCCCGAGGAUGGCAGUAUCGCCAAACAAAUCAAAGACAAAGAACGAGAGACAAGCAAGGAUGACAAGGAAAUGUCUCAAGAAAAGCCCAAGGAUAAGAGCCGCUCGUCCCCCGAGUCUAGAACCCCCGACAAGAAGGGCUCAGAAUCAGAAUCCGAGAAAGCCCAAAAGCUGAAAGAGGAUAAAGCGCUUGACCCUGUUAAGGAAGUUGACAAGGGCAAGACUCGUAUGGAGGGCGAACGUCCGCACGACAAGACACCUUCGAAAGCAGACAAACCGCCCAGCGACGAUACCCCUCAAUCUCCCUCGUCCUCGGCCUCAGAUACCAACGACGCUCUGAUGUCGGGCGACUACCGCCCCCUCAAAUCAGCCCUCAAAAAGUCAAAGAAGAAGCCGAAACAGACAAACAACAUACAUCACAACUUUUUCAUGACCAUGCGUGGUUUCCGUCCGGCUUUGAUUCCCUUUCCACAUGGGUUUCAUCCAAAGCCGCAUUACCCGAGAAAUACGCUUUGGUGGAAUAAUGUGCCGAAGAACGCCGAUCAUAUUAUGGCGGCGCCAAAGGUCGCGAAGGAGCCCGACAAGGGGGACACAGACGAUGGUAAGGAAGAGGCAUCAAAGGGGACGCCAAAAGAGCCGCAAAAGGAAAAGAAGGAUGAAAAGAAGGACGAGAAACCGAAACCUGCUAGCUCAAAGCCAUCCUCCGACGCAAAAGAUGACGGUAAAAGCAAAGAAAAGGAGCUUGCUCGGGCCAAAGCUGAAGCUGAGGCAAAAGCAAAGGCCAAAAAGGAGGCAGAGCUGAAAGCUGCCAAAUCUGGUUCAAGCUCAUCUUCAUCUGCAGCCGUGUCGAAGCCUAGUGCCUCUGCUUCAGCUGCUGCCACUGCGAAGCCAAAGUCUAUACCGCUCAACCCCGAACUCGAAAAAGCGACAUAUAUCACGCAAGGCCUGCUGUGUGUUCUUUUGUAUUAUUUGCACCAGCAGCUUGCAUUCCUACUAGUGGCCUUCUUCGCCUGGCAAUAUAUCGAUAAGCAGUACACAUCGCUCCGUCCCACCGAACCUCCCAAGACAGCGGUCACGUCUUCGUCAUCCUCCAAACCUCCUCCAAAUUCCAGCACCAAACCCUUUUCAGCGUCUAGCACCGACAUUGAUCCCGCCAUGAAAGCCAAACUUGACGAGGCGAGGAAAUCUCGGGAAGCCAAAGAGCGCCCUGUGCCCAAGGAGGAUCCUGCCAGCUCCUCCAAACGGUCUGAUAGCUCCAAGGCCCAGGAGGAUCUCGAAAAACUGGAGAUUUUGAUCAAGAAGCUAAAGUCGAGAGAUGAUGCCACGGAUGAUACGAAAGAGAGGAUCAAGUCGGCUAUAAUGCAACGGGACGCGUUAGUGGCCCGGAUCCAGAAAGAAAACGAGAGACCUCGUGGAGAUGCCGAGAAGGAAACGAAAGCCAGACCCGAAGAGCCCAGCGGUCACAGUACCAAAGGAGAAGAGAGUGCCGAGACACAGCUUCUGGAAAAGCUUAAGGCGGCAGAAAUGUACGCCAAAAAGUACCAAGCGGUGGAGUCUCCUACAGAUGAACAUCGGGAGAGACUACGCAAGGCAGAGGAGCUGAGGAAGGAGUUGAAGGCUAAGCUUGCCGAACUGCGAAAGUCUGGAGCAUCUGGGAAGACUGUGAGAGCUCAGGAGGCCAAGGCAGGGGCGGACUCAUCAUAUACGGACGCGAGCAAAGGAAAGAACAAAGUCGGGUCGGAAGAGGAGGGGCGAGACUCAAAGGGGAAGAUCAAGAUACAAGACCCGGCAUCGUCUUCGCCUGAUAAGAAAGAUCUCGAAACCUCCCUCAAAGAGAUGGACCUCUACGUGCGAAAGUAUCGAGCAAUCGACAACCCAGAUGCGGAUCAGAAGGAUAAUCUGACAAGAGCUGAGGCCAAAAGAAACUCCAUCAGAAAGCAGUUGCUGCGCGUAUUCGAACGAAGCACGAAGGAUCCAAGCUCGGUGCGCGCUGUAUCGGGCGAUACAGGCAAGGGCGAUACCGCCCAUCAUGAUGGACCCGGAAAGAAGUUGCGCCAGAUGAGGGACGAAAUUAAACAGAUUGAGGCGUAUAUCAUCAAACAUCGCAAGCUUGACAAUCUCACAGAAGAGCAAAAGACGAAAGUAGCGUCAGCGGAGAAGAAGAGGAAGGCUAUGAAAGCAGAAGCCUCUCUAUUGGAAAAACAGUUAGUCAACAUUGGUAGCAGCGGUUUGACAGCAGAUGAGAAAGCAGUCAUCCCUCAGAGUCCAUAG